GAGCCGUUGCUGGUCGUGUUACGUCAGCUGCUGUUCUUGCGGCAGGAGGAGUCAAUGGAACCUCCUCCGCAGGUGCUCCUGCAGGUGACUCGACUACACCGAUUCCAGAGGCUCAUCCGAUAGGUCAAACAGUUCGGCCAUCGACGAGUACGACGACCACCAGUACAGUGAGUACGACCACAGCUUCCACCACAAUCAGCACGACAAUGACUGCCACGUACUCGAAGACGACGUCGUCUACGUUGACAAAUACCGCAACAACGACAUCCACGACGAUCACGGAGACGAUCACCAGCACAACAACCACAACUGUGACGACGACGACGGCGAUCCCGACUACAACGUCGACAGUCACGACGACUACUUCCACCACCACGUUCGAAGUCCCAGUGAUGACUGCAGUGGUGCAUAGGUCGAUGACCCUGUUGCUCGCAUCGAAGAGCAGUGUACAACAGGCUCAAAGAACUUCAUCCAGUGCUGGAACUGGUAGUAGAAGGGCCACUGCACCAUCCGCUGGGGGCGCAACAGCUUCGGCUGGUCCCGGAGGUGCUCAGGCUUCUACGUCGAGUGGAGCUUCAGCACAAGCUGGCUCGUCUGGCGUCAGUCUCCUAGAGAUCGACCAGCGAUUCGCUAAGGCAGGCAAAGCCCAUCUAGAAGCGAGGCGCUUGAAUCGUACGGCUUUGAACACGACGAUGAAGACGUGGUCUGCUGCGUUGAAAAAGUCAAACGCGGCUGCUAACAAGGUGUCAUCAAUUAAGGGUAGGCUAAAGGUGCUUUUCUUACCGCUUUUUAUGCCUCUCUCCCUUAGGAUGAGAAAGGCAUAACAAGCGGGGGAACCCGCGAGCACCAAAAACCUACCUCUAAAUCAACAUCUUCAACAUCAUCUUCAAAGAAGUCUGCAACAAGUGGAAGCAAGCUAGCGGCUAUUGCUUUGAACACUACUUCUAGUCUGCUCGAAGAGGAAGGUAGAGAAGGAGAAGCCGAAGAAAGAGAAGGAGAGCUGGAAUCCUAUGAAGAUGACGAAGAGAUCCCGGAACAAAUGGAAGACCUAGUCGUGAAUCCAGCGUUUAUCUUCGCCUUGACAUCCGGCAUGUCCCAGUGGGCUACGCAGACGUUCCAGGGCUCGAUCACUCCUAGAGACGUCGAGCUCAAGAACUUGCAAGAACAGGAAGUCGGAGCAGCUGACUUGGCGUUGCUAGAUGUAGAUGGUGCUGCAGAGGAAGCCGCACUAGAUCUCGAUCUAGAAGCAGAUGAAGACGAAGAUGAAGACGAAGAGCAGGGUGAUGAGGGUGAUGAUAGUGAAGAUGCAGGAGAUGUUGAGCAGGACGCUGAUUCUGACUCUUCAGAUGACCAAAUCGACGAUGCUGCUGAUAGUAGUACCAAGACCAGUGCAGUAGCUGACAAGUUGACUGGUGGCGCACUAUCCUUGCUCGAGACAUCUUCCGGCAAUAAGCUCAAGAAACAGGGAACUGCUUCUACUACAUCUUCCAAAGCGUCCAAGACCAAGAAGCAGAAAAAAACUUCUGCGAAGUCGAAGUCGAAGAAGAACAAGAAGCGUCGAACUCCAGCAGAACGUCACGAGAGAGUCAUUCGCUUGCUACAAGAAGCUGCGAAUUUGACCCAGUUGCCGACAAAUGCUAGUAGUGCAGAGUUGCUGGCGUCGAAGACUGGUAGUGUUGGAUCGACACUUAAAACUACUAGAAGUACUAGAAGUGCGCCAGAAUUGAGUCUGGUCUCAACUCGGACCAAGCUCACCGUGGCUGGCGGAAAGACAUCAACUUCAACUUCUUUGACAGACGAAAUCGUGGACUUACGAUCAGCGUUGCGCAUGAAAGUAGGUGCUGAGGUCAAGAUAAGGAUGCCUGCUGAGAAAUUAUCCGACUUCGAGGACAUCUGGGACCCGCAGACGGGAUUGUCGGAUCCAGCUAGUGACGUCAUGGAAAGCAUUCUGCAGCAGAGACUAAAGGAUCUAGAAUUAGACGAUCUAGUCCUCGUCUGGUUCAGGGGAGAAGAGGUAUAGAUACUGUAGUAUAAUGUUUUAUCUUUGUUUCGCUUUCGCCUUGACCGACUUUCAAUGAAAAUCAUCUUCUAGGGGUUCAUCUUCAACAUUGAGUCGGUAGUUAUUCAUCUUCGUGAUCGACAACCCUAAUCGUAAGCUCCUUCUAUCUGUUUAUCUUUUCAAUUUCACAGAAAUGAUCAAGCACAAACGCAAACUGCUCUCCAGGAACUUUCUCCUCCUUCGAUUUCUGCUUCCGCGGAUGGGACUUCACUGUCCCCGAACGCCGACACCAGCGCAGACAAGAACGACGCUGCGCCUGCGUGGUUAGAAGAGGUCAUCCAGAAUAUUUUAGGUGCGCCAGAUGCACCACCACAGCAGAGUGGUCCGAUUAAUGUGCAGAUUGGUGGGAACACAGACAUACCAGGAGGCGCUAGUACCAGUUUCGUUUCUGGCGGAGACACGACUCGCAGCUCAGCAGGUUUGGCAAGGAUGAAUGGAACAUCUACAUCGAGUAACAACUCUGGAGCACGUGGUAGCUCAUACUUUGCAGCAAUGAGCAGUGCGACAGCCACUGCUUCGUCGCAGCAGCAAGUUGUGGCUUCUUCGUCCAGGAGUACAGCACCAACAAGAAGUGAAGGUGGUCCUAUAAAUGCGAGAAGCAGGAGUGGGCCUAGUCUUGUAAUAGAACAUGCAGACGACGACCGUCAAGUGGGUGAGGUACCACGACGUGCCGCAGAGGCUGUGCCAUCAUCGGAAGACGCUAGUGUCGAAAUCGAAGCUUCUAGUAGCGGAUCAGAUGGUGCACAACUAGUAGACCUAGAGGACCCUGAAGCAUCCAAACUGAUGCAGCAGAUAGAAUCGUUGCAAGAAGAGGCAGCGAAGGAGCAGGAUACAGGACCUUCGAGUACCGACGAAGGAAAUGAAGAUAGUCAAGUAGAUGCUUCUUCAGGUUCAUCCCCCAGUACAGCAGAGGAAGUAGAUGGAAUUCAAGAAGCGGUAGAUCAAUUAGCAGGAUCUACUACAUCGUCUGGAGUAGAUUCUUCUCUAGACUCAGGAUCUUCUGAGGACCUCCCAGAAGCACAGGCCUUGGCGAAGGAGCUUCAGAAUCUUGAGAGCCAAGUAGAGGGCGCAAGCCUUUUACAGAAGGGGAUCAAGAUGAGAGGAGGUCCUUCAUCAUCGUCUACUUCCGAGAAGAGGAGAGGAAGAAGUAGUACGACUAGAGGAAGUAGUACGACUACGACUCAAAAAUCUAAAGCCACUUCUACUAGCAGUGGCAGGAGAAGAGCAACUCGCGAAACUAGUUCGGGAGUUCAAAAUGGGAGAAAACAUGUGAGUGAUCAAGAUAGCGAUCACGUUGCUGUUCGAGAUGAUGAUCUUAGGAGUACAACAUCAACAAGUAGUAAAAAAGCUAGCACAAGUAGGAGAACUGACAUGAAAUCAGACCGAGAACGAGAAACAGCAGUAGCAGGUGGGCGGCCACAUCAUCAAAAGAAUGACUCCAGAACAACAAAGCAGGCUUCUAGCGGCCAGCGCAAGAACAUGCUGCGCAAUCCUCGUAAGGGA